AUGUCUAACAUCGAUAAAUACACGCCCAAAAGCGAAUCCCGUGUCCUAGAAGAUUCGCACUAUCCUGAAAAGAUGUCUGUCGUCAACUACGUACUCGACAACGAAUCUUUCGACUCAGAAGAUUCACAGUAUUCUGUCAAGAAUCCUAUCAUCAUCGACUACACAUCUGAAAACGAGCUAAACAACAGCUCAACAUUGGAGUCAACAGAAUACGAUGCUGAAGAUGAGUGGGGAGAUUCAUGGUCGGAUCACUGGGGGACUCUAAGCGAUGAUGAAGACGAGUGGACCUCAGAGGACGGGGAUAUUGGCGAGGAGUGGAACGAUGAAUUGUCCGAAAGUAACUGGACGUCUAUUACUCCCGACGAAGACGACCCCUGGCCUCAAUUAGACAGCGCAAUCGCAUGGCCCGACAUCGAUACACUACAGGAAUCAUCAGGUUGGGUCUCUGAUAAUGUGGAAGCGGUAGAGCCCAAGACAACAAUUAUGAUCGACACAAUCGAGAAGCUGGAUGCAUUCUUGCCCACCCUCUCUCGGCUCAAGAAUGGAGUCGAGCUUGCAUUUGAUUGCGAGGGUACCCCGGAAAUUGUUGAUAGUGAUGGAAAGGUGACGGGAGGCUUUGGUCGUGACGGAGACAUAUCAUUUCUGUCGAUGACCAUAGCCUCAAUGAACAAAACCUGCAUCUUUGAUGUCUGGCAACUCAAGGCAGUGACCUUUGAGCGUCAGAAUGAUGAUGGCCUGUCUCUCAAAAAGGUUCUAGAGUCGCAGGAUAGGAUCCAGCUCUGGUGGGAUGUUCGUAGUGAUUGGGAUACCCUCUUCCACAAAUUUGGUAUUCAGAUUGGGAAAGUCCGCGAUGUGCAGCUAUUGGAAUUGUUAUCUCGCUCGGGUGUGAAGUCAAACAUUUGUGGCCUAUCAAGAGCCAUGAGGGAUGAAAGCGAAGCAUUCAUGGGCCGGGGCCUGGAUGACUGGCUGUCGAAUAAGGCAGUUGGUGGAUUUUAUUUCAAGAAGAACAAUUGGAAGCCACUGAUAGAAAGACCCAUCAACGAGACUGCGAGAGCCUGGGAAUAUGUAACACCCGUGGAUGUUGCUCCCACAGAGGAUGACAUGCCAAUGAUUUUCAUCGACUCCAUUCCUGAAAUGAACGAAUUCCUCCCCGUCCUCUCAAACCUUCGAAAACAUGUCCCUGAACUUUUCUGUGGUUGCAAGGGUAACGGAAACGGAUUAUCGAGAGAUGGAGGCAUCAGUAUGUUCUCAAUGACCAUAAAGUCUUUGAAUACGACAUACAUGUUCGAUGUUCAAGUCCUAGGAGAUCAGGUGUUCAGUAUGGUUGGAGACAAUGGCUUAUCACUUGGGAUGAUUCUUGAAUCCGAUGAAAUUAUGCAAGUUUGGUGGGAUUUACGAAGCGAUUUCGAGGCGCUCUCUCACCACUUCAAUAUCUACCCCAGACUCUAUCGAGAUCUCCAACUACUCGAACUUAUGUCCAGCAAAGGCAAUAGGACUAAAUUGAAUGGCCUAGUAAAUUCCGUCCGCAUGAUCUGCAUUGAGUAUCCUGACUCCACUGGGGGCGGAUACGUUGGGAAGUGGACCAAAAUGAAGAAGGAAGCCCGAGAGUACUUUGACUAUAACGGAUUUAGGGAGCUAGAGACACGACCAGCCAACCAUGUUGUGAUGCAAGUUUGUCGUGGUGAUACGGAGAUCAUGCCCGUAAUGUACGAUCAUCUGGUCCAUCGUCUCGCGGACACCACCAGAGGAAUGAGGAUGGGAUCUGACAACCUGUUCCUUGAUAUUGUUGACGAGGAAACGAUUAUUAGAGCUGAGGCUGUGUGGUCAGGAGAGAGCACUAACGAAUAUCAUUAUAUUCUCGAUCGAGAGAUCGUGAAUCAUCCUAGGACUCGAUCACCGCCAAUAUUUCGUAUGUUGCCGCGAGUAUUUAGUUGGGGUCGGGAAGAUGACGUUAUGAAGGGCAUGGAGUAA